GGUUGCUAAGACAGCAGAACCGAGUUUAAUGGGUCUCAGAGUAAACGGUUACACCAAAACUCGGACUGUGAUUGGUUACAGUAGGCACAAAAUUUGAUGGUGCACAGAAAAUGGUGUACGUCGGAGAAGUUAUUCCUGUUAGCAUGUUCUUGUGCUUUUUUAAAUAAUUUCACUUGUCGGACGGUGGGAUACCUACAACUCGGAAAGUAACUGGAGCUGUAAGGUGACAUUUGUGUUAGUGAAGCCGGAGCGGACUGAGCACUAUGUCUCGCUGGAAGACACUCGGGUUUAUCGGCGCCUCCGCUGCUGUGACCGGAGGAGUCGCGUAUGGUGUUUGGCGCUUCCUGUUCUCAGGAGGAGACAGAGGAGAGAUCACAGCACGGCCACAAGAGGAGCAGGAGCCAGAAGAAACUGUUACCGCUGUAGACACCCCUUCUGUGGAGUCAAGCUGGACGAAGUCAUGUGAAAAUCAAAUACUGGUUCUGGGUCUAGACGGAGCCGGUAAGAGCUCCCUGCUGCACUGUUUGGCCUAUGGCAAACUGACACAGGAUGUUGAGCCCACAGAGGGCAUCAACGUCUUUUGCAUCAACACAGACGGCACGCGCAUCGAGUUUGUUGAAGUUGGAGGUAACAUGGAGCUGCGACCAUACUGGCAGAAGUACAUUUCCAAGUCUGUGAUGAUGGUGUUUGUGGUGGACUCCUCUGACACAGAGCGCUUUCCCAUCGCCAAGAAGCUGCUCCAUGAACUGUGGAAUUAUGACCCUGUUUUGCCUGUAAUUGUGUUGGCCAACAAACAGGAUCUUCCAGGAGCCUGCAGCAUCACUGACAUGUUUGAAGUGUUGUCACUGGCUGAAGCUGGAGACCAGCGUAAGAUAUUCAUCAUCAGCACCUACACCAAGAAGGGCGAGGCAGAGCUCAGCUCAGGUGUACAGGAUGCACAGGACCUGAUCAUGCAGAUGAUCUGUGGUAGCAAUUAAAUCUCACUCGUUGUUAAAGAAACACUGGUGGUUGUCAAAGAGUAUGGGUUCAAAUUUUAUUUUAUUAUCUUCCAACACUUGUCAUUAAAAGACUGUUGCAGCUCAAGCCACUCAAUGCUGUCUUCACCACUGACAAUCAUUUCAUAGGUUUUUUAAAAAGUAAAAAAAAAAAAAAACUAAUUUCAGAACAGAUGCAUAAAAGUGAGCCAUCU